AUGGCAACACAGGGGUCGUCAUCCUCUCAAGGCUAUCGCCUCCAGCCAGAUAGUCAUACGGACGACAUAGCCUUGGGCGAUCUAAAUCCACAAUCAUCUCUGCAACUUCUACACGAAUCAGAUGGCACCGAAGACAACGAAGAAGAAGACGACAAGUCCAGUAUACAUAGCUUUGAGCUCUAUACGCCAGACGAAGAGAAAUCCUUACUCAGAAGACUGGACACCCGUCUUGUAUUAUUCUUAGCACUUCUGUACAUGCUCUCUUUCCUGGAUCGGUCAAAUNACAAGAUCUUUCCGCCACACGCGUACAUAUCCCUGUGUGUCUUUGCGUGGGGAUGUCUUGCAUCCUUGCAAAGCGUCAGUACAAGCUUUGGUUCCAUGCUGAUAUUACGAAUCCUAUUGGGAGCCUCCGAAGCGGCAUUUGGCCCUGGUGUGCCAUUCUACUUGUCCUUCUUCUUCAAGAGGAAUGAGCUUGCCUUUAGGACUGGUCUGUUCAUCUCCGCUGCACCUCUCGCCAGCAGCUUUGCAAGCACUCUGGCCUUUGCCAUCGUCAAGCUUGGCAAGAACACCGCCAUAGAAAGCUGGAGGCUUUUGUUCAUCAUAGAAGGUUUCCCGAGCAUACUCGUCGCUGUAUGGGCUUGGUAUGUGAUUCCAGACUCACCUUCGACUGCAUCGUGGCUCUCGGCCAGAGAACGAAGAAUAGCAACCUUCCGUUUGCGAAAACAAACGAGCAUUUCCCAAGCUCAUACCCUUGGGAAAGAGCAAGCGAAGAGGUUUGACUGGUCUGCUGUUCGUACCACUUUGUGCGAUCCAAAGAAUUACCUGACUGCUGGCUGCUUCUUUUCCCUGAACGUAGCUUUUUCUUCGAUGCCAGUGUUCGCACCCAUAAUUAUCCAAAAUAUGGGCUACUCGGCUACAAAAGCUCAAGGUCUGGCUGCUCCUCCUCACCUCUUCGCCUUUGUCAUGGUGCUUGUGACCUCAGUCAUCUCUGACAGGCUACAAUCACGUUCAAUACCCAUCAUAAUCCAUGCCAACUUGGCGCUGGUUGGUUACAUGUUGCUUGCUCUCGCUCCAACGUUGCAUCUGUCGUCUACAACCCAAUAUCUGUGCCUCUUCCCAGUCACUGCUGGCUUCUUCUGCGCCGUCACAACCGUCAUUGUCUGGACUGUCAACAAUCAGCAAAGCGAAGAAGGACGUGGCAGCAAUGUUGCACUCUUGAAUAUCGUUGGUCAAUUGGGGCCUCUUGUUGGAACACGACUUUACCCAGACUCUGAUGAUUAUACAAGAGGGCAUGCCUUUUGCGCCGGUUUCAUGGCGCUGGUAGCACUAUUGGCAAUAGUGCUGAGGCUUCUUCUUGUCAGAGCCAACACUUCUCUCCGUGCAGCUCGAUCUUCAUUGCAAGUUGAUGGUGCAGACAAACCGCUGGUGGGCAGUUCUGAUGGUGCCAUGGGUGAUUUCGAGUACAUGCUAUAG